AUGAUGGCGAAUUGUUUAUGUUGUUGUUGUUGGCCUGCGUACCGUUGUUGCUUAUCAUUAUCACUUAUUGAUAUGAUAAUUACAGCGGCGCUAUACUAUCGUUCAGCUGACUUAUUCAUGCAGAAUUUCUAUCACUUGGAUAUUUUUGACAUUUCAGUAUUAGUGGUACUUACCGGUUUUCUAAUUUGUGAAAUCCUUGCGACGAUUACUUUAAUAUUAUCGUAUAAAAAGAGAAUUCAGCGAUACGUUUUCCCACGAAUUACUCUUCUUCUCGGACAAUUUGUUACAAUAACGAUUAUUUGUAUAAUAUUAAUCGCUUAUUUUGGGGGGUUUUCACCUGCCAUCAAUGAAUUUAUUCUUAAUAUUUAUGAGUACUGGUCUGGCGAUGACCUAGCGAAAUAUGACCGGCAGCAUUUCGUAAAUGAUCUGAUGAUGUAUGCGGGAGGUCUUUUUGUUCUCCUUCUCAUUUUUGAUAUAUAUAUCAUAUUCGAACUUUACAUCACUCGGAAAUACUAUAUAUCACUGAAUUCGCCUCCUGGUUUUGUACCAGUUAGUGAAAAAGAUUUAUCUUGUGAUUAUAAAAUAGAAAAGAAUUGUGGCAAACCAGUGGUGGUGUCACGUCCACCACCGUACAAUCCAAAUUAUUCUGGUCCAUAA